AUGUGUGCUGGUGCAAUAGAUGGCACGCACAUACCAAUAUUAGCAACAGCUAAUAGCAACAUAGAGUACGUGAAUCGUAGAGGUUUUCACAGUAUCGUGAUGCAAGCGGUCGCUGACUGUAAUUACAUGUUCCUGGAUGUGGUUAUAGGAUGGCCUGGUAGCGUCCAUAAUGCGCGAAUUCUUUCUAACUCUACACUUUUCUCAAAUGGAAAUAAGAAACGUCUUUUCCCUCCCGACAUUGUGAAGGAAAUUAGCGGAGUGGAAAUAGCACCGUUUCUCCUAGGUGACCCAGCUUACCCUCUCUUGUCAUGGUUGAUGAAGGGGUAUCCUAAAAAUGGGGCUACUGAGGAACAGAAGAAGUUUAACUACCAUCUUAGUCGUGCAAGAAUGACCGUGGAAAACACAUUUGGGAGAUGGAAAGGACGCUAUGCAAGAUUUAGUAAAAGGCUAGAUAUGGAAGUAGCUGCUUCAGUCGAUAUUAUUCAUGCAUCAUGCAUUUUACAUAACAUAUGUGAACUUCAGAAGAACGAAUUCAUGCCCGACUGGGAUUCGGUAGAAAUUGUUGAUGAUGCUUUUGUUGUGGUGCCAAUUGAUGAAAUAGAACCAGAAGAUGCUCACGAUAUUCGUGCUGCUUUAUCAAACUAUUUUUCUUAAACAGUUCUUUAAUAUUCGUUUGAAAUUUAACGUUACAUGAAUUCAACAAUUCCACAAAAUGUUGUUACCAAAAUCAUUUGAAUGAGGUUAAUAUUGAAAUAACAAAUAAAAUUAAAUUUGAAAGACACUUGUAAGUU